UUCCACAGGUUAUGAGACCCGUUUUGCGCAAAAAUCGCUGCCAAUUCGGGAUUCCUUGUCAAUAUACUCAUUAUUUGAACUACUGCUUCAUUCGAUACGCCCAUCAGGAGUUAAAAUCGUCUUAUUCUAUCAGUAUUGAUGCGUUUGAGAUCUUGAUGAUCAAUAAUACUACUGCUCGCUUAAAAAAGAGGCUUGCAGAAAACGCACCACAUUUGCAAAAAAAAAAAAGCAAGAAAAAGAGAACGAUAUUGGCAAGGAUCCAAUAAACGAAUAUCAAGAUGGCGGAUUCAAUACGAUCUCGCCCACAUACACGUUCGCGAUCUCGCGUCCUUUCCACUGGAUCAGUUGCAGUUGAUGAUGAUGAUGAUUCUUCACACUCACGCUCUGCCAGUGGACAUCCUCCUGGAGCCUUUGAAAGCUCCAUUGAUGAAAGCUCCAUUGUCGAAACACCCUCUCGAUUCGAAGCUGGUUUGAAUACAGCUCCUGACACGGUCAGGCCGGCCCCCCGAUCUACUCGACAGCUUGAUGAAGCUGGUUCUCUUGAUGAGAAUAUUGGACACUCAGAUGUCUACCGUUCGGGCGAGGCAAUAUCAGACCAACAGAUGGAGCAUCUCAAGAUGACACUUGAGAUGAACAAGGGGAAGCAAAGAGUCCUAGAACUCGAACUACAACUGGAAAAACUCCGUCAACAGAGAUCCUCAUCCUCCACAGAUCGAUCACAGGAUGUCAACAAUCAUCCUGCCACCACAUCAACAGCCACAUGGAAUCCUAAUCUCGGUGAAAGGUUGGAAUUCAACCUUUAUGAACCGGAUAGCCGUGUUGGCAAGGCAAUCUCCCAAUUCAAGGAAGAUGUCAAGAAUACUGUGAGACCAAACAGUCUAACUGGCACAUCCAAUUACACCAUAUGGAGCAUCUUCAUGAAAUCGAAACUGGUUGAUGCACAGUGUUGGUAUAUGAUAGAGAAACAACAGACCCAGAACCCUCUACAAAGAGAUGAUGAAUGGGCACCAUUCUGGGACGCCAGAAACCGGUGGCUCUACACAUUCAUCUCGAACUCCUUGGGUGCAGGUGUCAGAUCACGUUUCUCCAAGUAUGAUGAAAAUCGGAUCGCUUAUACUCUAUGGAAUGCGAUCGAACAGGAAUACUCUGUCCCCAAAACACAGUUACGCCGUGAGGCAGUUCUGGAAUUCAUGUCUCUUGGUGGCACACAGGUCACCAAUCUACACACAUUCUUUGAUAAGUUCCGGUCCGCCAUCACGAAAUUGGAGAUGUUGGAUGCUUCCCCCCCAGAUGCAUGGAUAUUUGAUACCUUCUACUCAGUUCUACCCAACAAUUGGAGGAAUUACGUUCAGAAGAAGAUAGAGGAGAUACAGGAUUCCAAAUCCACAGCUGUGGUAUUGGAUGUUGAUCUUCUCAUGGAGGAAAUCCGUUCGCGGCUUGAUCCUCCAAAAGAUAAAAAGAAUCUGCAGAAUAUAGAUUCUGCGGCCAACACAGCUACGACAGCUACAACGGCCACAACGACUACCAACACCAAUACAUCGAAUUCGGCCCGUGGAGGCCGUACUGGACGUGGUCAUGGUAGUACACAAGGGGGCUCCCGAAACCAUCGGGGAUCGGGAAAUCCACCUACAUGUCCUGAAUGCGAGAGAUCUCACUUUGGCAACUGUUGGUUGGCCAAUCCAGACAGUGCUCCAGAUAAUUGGAGGAUCUACAACGCUGCGAGGAUAAAGGAAUUCAAAGAAAAGAAGGAAAAGAACAAUAGUGGGGGUGGAACCCAACUAUCCAUUACAGAUGGAUCAGACACCUAUCAGAUGGCAAACCUCGCAGAGGUUAUCAAUGUGCCAGCCUGUUUUGUGGAACCCCACAAGGAUCCCUCCAACGGGCGUUUAUACAUAUCAAAAGACGUCAUCUUCCAGGAGGACCUCCAUCUUGCCGAUCCAUCGAUACCGACUACUCCACACAACCCGAAGGUCCUACUCAAUGCGGCCCGUAAGGCGGCUGCGGCGAUUCCUUCGGCGACACCAGGCCUACCGACUGCGGCCCGUAAAGAGACUGCAGCGAUUCCUGAUCCAUCAAUUGAUAAUCUAUUCAUUGAUGAGGAAAUUCGACCUGAGUGUCCAUUAUUUCUCGUACCCACUAAUAAUUGGUGGAUUGACUAUGAUAUCUCCGCGAGAAUACCUACCCUUUUAGUGCAGAAUACACUGAACUCCCCGGAACCCACAGUUGAAUCUGAUGACCCUCCGACAUCUACAAGGGAUAUCACUAUAGUGGGGGAAUCAACAGUGGGGGAAUCUUCAGUGGGGGACAGUCUUGAAGACCUACCCACCGAUCCCGAGAUCGCUGCACUCCCGAUCCCGAAAAACCUCACGCGCGCCAAAGCUUCCAUGGAAUGGAAGUAUUAUUACAAGGCCCGUGUUAAAGAGGUCAACCGUUUGAAAUAUACGCGUUGGAAAGAGAAUAUAUAAAGAAGAUAGGGGGAUAGGGGGAUAAAAAAUGAUGUAUAUCAUGACUGGUUUUUCAUUACUUCACAUUUUCCAGUCAUUUUUUGUACCUGUACUUGAUUUGAAGGCGAAUUUUGUAUAUAGCAUCGUGUAUAGUUACUCUGGUGAGUGGGGGUGUCAGGUCACGUG